AUGGCACUCAAAGUAAAAAUUAUACUCAGUAUGAUAGCAUUACCUUUAGCUUUAUUUGCUGCUUCAAUUUUCUGGAUUGUUUCAAUAUAUUAGACAAUUAUACCAUAAACCUAAUUAUCUGUGUAAUAACUAUCACUAAAAUUAUUAAAUGAAACUUUAUAAGUAUGAUAAUGUUCUAUUGUUUAUAGUUUGAAUCAAGAGCUCUAUUUUUUGUAACAAGAGUGAAUUAAUCAAUGUAAUUCAACAGUCCUUUUAUAAUAAGAAAUGUAAUAUUGGAUUAAUUUACAAAUAAUACUUUAAGAAUGCUUGAAUAGACAGAUAUACAUCGUUUAGAACUUUUUCUGGCUCCUUUAUAUAAAUCUCAUAGAUUAGAAUGUUUUACAAUUUUAUGUAAUGAUAAAUAAUAAUUCUUAUCUAUGGGUGAUAGUAAUAAAUAGUUUAUAAAGGAAUUUAUAAAUUGGAAUAGUCUUUAUGAGGCAAACUUAAUAAUCAAAGAUGAUUAAAUUAAGAUAACUAUAGGAAAUGAUAAGUACUAAAUUUAUUUAUAUAUUAGUUGUAAUAUUCAAGUUUAUUAUGGAUUAAAAGAGUUCAUUAUUAGUAUGUUAACAAAUGCAGCAUUUAUGACUAAUUAAGUAUAAUCAAGAGCAGUAUUGCUUGAUGCUGAUCCAUAUGAUAUUAUUUGGGAAGAAAAUAAUGAAACUAAUUUAGCUAAGAUUUUAGAUGUAGAUCAUUCUAGGACAUUAUAAAUUUUAAAUUUCCAUAGAUAAGAAGAUGAAUUUGGAUGUUUAAUUUAUGAACCUUAAACAAUCUUCUAUGAAUCAGACACAUAAAAUAGAUUAAUAAAAUAUAUUCAAUUUUCAAUAAGUGAUCUUCAUUACUAAUGUAAUGAGUAAUAUAGUGUAAAAUUAACUUAUAUGAUGAUAAUAUCUCUAAACCAAUUUCAUUAACAUUUGGGUACUUAGGAUCUUAAUUAUGAUAGACUUAACUAUGCUACUAAUAGUUAUGCUUGUCUUAUCAUUUUAUUGAUAUUUUAUUUUUAUAGAGUUGCUGUUAAAGUUGGAUUAUCAUUUGAAGUUCCCAUUGAGAGAAUAAUAGAAAUAAUAAAUGAACCUUAUAAAUUUCAUUAUGAAAAUUCAAAUUAAAGAAUAGAUUUAAGACAAUAAUUACAUAAUUAAGAACUUUUAUAACUUUAUGAUUCAUUGUUAUUAUGUGUAAUUAUGCAUCAAUUUCAUUAAAAAUAGUAAUUAUUAAAUAAUAAUGAUAAAGGAGCAGAAUAUUUAUAAAAUUUAUGUUAAAUUAAGUCUUUUUAUAAAUUCUGUUAAAAUAAGUGGAUGGUAAGUGUUUGUGGUAAUAAUAUGGCUAUGAUUCAUUAUAAAAAUAAAAGAUAUUCUGAAGCUCUUAAUUAAUUAGCUGAAUCUAUAAUGAUAGGUAAUAAAGAAUUAACAAGUUUGAAAUAGAUUGAAAAAUUAAGAAAAAAGAUUGAAAGAAAUCAUUUUGGAAAAUCUAUUUUAAAUAGAUUAUAAUCCUAUAUAAUUAAUAAAUUUGCUGGAAAAUCUUCAAAUAUUAUUGAUUAAGCAAGAUUCAAAUCUUAAGAUGAAUAAAAUAGAGCAUGUCUUUCUAUGUCUAUUCAUAAAAGUAUGGCUCUAAAAAACUCAAUAGAGGAUAAAUAAUAAUGUUAUCAAUCUAUUGGUUAAUAAUAAAGUUAAGAAUAUAGAUAAAAUUAUAAAAGAGACAAAGAUUAAUUAACAUUAUGUUUAUUCUUUAGAAAAUAUGCUUACAUUAUUAUUCUAUUUAAGUUUUGUAUAAAUUCAGAUUCCAAACUAUUUAAUGAAACUAUUCAAAAUAUUAAAUAAUUAGAAGAAGAAAUCAAUUAAAAACAAAAAUGGAAAAAAAGUAAAUAUCUAACACUUAUGAGAAUUAAAGCAUAAAUUAAAUUAUUUUAUUGUUAUAUGUAAUUAAAGAUGUAUGAAGCUGCUUAAAUAACUAAUUAAUUUUUAUUAGGACAAUAUGAUUACUAUCUUGGAUUAGAAGAUGAUUAAAUAAACUAUCAUAUAGGAUAUAAUACAUUCGAAAAUAUUCCUAUCAGUUAUUUAUAAGUUUAAUUAACAUUAUAGAAAAUAGUUUUAAUGAAAUUUAAUAAUCAAAAUUAUUAAGCUGCAUUAGAAUCUGCUUAUCUAUUUUAAAAAUUAGAUGAUCAAAAUUAAAAAGUAUCCUUAUAAUUACUUAAGAUAUUAGAAGAGAUUUUUAUAUAAUAUUAAUUAGAUAAAGAUUUGAUUACAAUUUAAAGAGAAGUCAUAAAUUAAGAAUAAUAAAAAGUAAUCAUUUUAAUUGAUUACUCUAAGACUAUGGCAUUUAAUUAAAUUUAAAUAUCAUAGACCUAUUGUAAAUAUAUUCUUUAAAGAGUAUAUAAAUCAACUUCAGUUGGAUUAUAUUUAUUUAAUGAAACUCUAUUUGAAGCUUUUAAAUUAUAAAAUUAAAUGUAUGCAUAAGAUCUAUAUUCAUAAAUAUUGGAUAAACUCUUAUUACCUCCAGGUGGAACUAGUCAGUUGUUUGAAUUUAUCAAAUAAAGUGUUAAACUAUUUCGUAUAUCUGAUGAAACUAAAUUUGAGAAUUAUUUGUGCUUAUUCACAGAGUUUUAAUCAUAAAAUAUAGAAUAGAAUUUUUAUGAAAUUAGAAAUCUAUUGCAUUUCAAUAAAAUUAAAUUAGUAGUUUUCUAAAUUCAGAAUUCUAAUAAAAAUAUAUAAAUUGCUUAAUAAAUAUGUGAUUAUUGUAAUGGUAUUUUAAUAUAAAAUGAAAGAUAAAUAACAAGUUGGUUAGAUUCUUUAGGUCAUAGAAAAGUAUAACAUAGCCAUUACUUUGAAUUUUGGUGA